UGGUGGACCGGACCGCCUCCGCUUGCCGGAUGGCGGGCACCGUUGAAUCUUCAACCUUCUGCAAGCUCGACGACGAACACGAGAGGACCCCACGCGCCAUCGGAUCAUCACCCUUUUCAAAUUCUACCUUCAUUCAUCCGAGAUCUUCAGCUCUAAGUUUGAAGUAAAGAGUACACAAUGGCGACAGCUGCUGCACCAACAAUUCCCCAGACGGAGCUGGUCUCCCCCACUCGCAAGCCACAAGAGCUCUCCUUCCCACUACCAAAAGCUCUCCAUACGACUGGCCAUGUCCAUUUGACCUUCUUGGCUCACUGUGUCAUGGUCCAUCUGGCUACCUCAACGCCCGGUGACUCGGCUGGAUCUGUCAAGCCGAUGGGUAGCUUUGUGUAUGCAAUGCCUGACCGAACAUCACCAAAUGCAACGAUCUCGACAACACUCUACACAACGUCAUCCAGUAUCGAGUAUACGACACGAGUGGCCAAAAUCCUUGCCCGGCGCAUCCGACAGCCCGUCUAUGUUGGGUGCAGCAUUGAUCCCAACGGACUCGGGCAAACGGUAGAGGAAGAAAUGGAAGGUCUAACGCACAUUGUGAAUCUCAUUGUCGAGAAAUAUGAAGCGCAAAAGAAGCAAUGAUUGCCCCUCUCAAAUUCAUUGGAAUGGAUUGAUCUGAUAAGAGGAGUAUUGUUCAUGUAGAUGGCGUUACUGGCGAGCCCGCAUUUAGCUAUCUUCUAUCUCAAAAUGCCAAGAUUCAUGCGUUUGACCAAAUUCAAUAACAAUACCAAUCAUCAAGCGAUGCUUGGCAUUUAAA